AUGCCUCGCAAAAGUACAGCAUCCGUCGCAACGACAGAUGUCAAUGGAGAUGUCUCCAUGAUAUCAGAAGCACCUACAAUCCCUUCGCCCAAGGAUCAGCAGCCAGAGCCGUCCAAAUCUAGCAAGAAGAAAGACAAGACGGAUAAGGAAGCAACUGCGCAACAACAUGCGGAUCCAGUCAGUUUAGAUGACCUUCUACUCCCACGCUCCAUUGUUCAGCGUCUAGCAAAGGGUGUCCUUCCACCGAAUACCUCCAUUCAGAAAGAUGCUGUAUUGGCAUUGACAAAGUCCGCUACAGUAUUCAUAUCACUACUGGCUUCCACAUCGAACGAGAUGACCGAGCGCAAAACAAUACAGAGCCAGGAUGUGAUCAAAGCACUGCGCGAAAUCGAGAUGGACCAGGCAAUGCAGAUUGGCGUAAUAGGCAAGGAUGGCCAGAAAGGUGGAAGAGUGGAGCGGGAAGUUGAGAUCUGGGAGAGUGAAGUCAGAGGCAAGCGGAGAGGAUAUAGAGAGCGUGUGAAAGCUAGAGAGAGUGGUGGAGGUGGAGAUACGACUGUAGGAAGUCUAGAUGUGGGAGAAGAGGUAGAACGGGAAAGAGAAGAGCACGAGACAAAGAGACUAAGAAUAGAUCCUGAUGAAGUGACAGGGAGAGAGGGUUCAACAGCGCCGAUCACGCAAGGAACGAACAAACUGAAGUUGGAUGGUGGUAGGCGGCAAUCGGACGAGCCGGAACCUGGGGACGAGGAAGGUGAAGAUGCUGGUGAAGAAGAUGUGGAAGAGGAAUCCAGUGAAGAGGAGGGUUUUGAGGAUGCUGAGGAAGAGCAAGAUGGUGAUGGAGUCCAGGGAGACAGACUCGAAGUCGAAGAGGAUUCUGGUCGACGGAGGGACACGUUAGCUCCUGAUGGGAGGGUUGAAGUGGGUGGAAGCGACGAUGAAAGUGACUAG